GAUAUCUCCGUAAUCAGGAAGUAAACCUUCCUUUAAAAACUGUGUUAAAAAUGGAGGUAUACGGACGUAAAUUAACAGACAUGGGUUCGGACGAAGCUUUUGAAUAUCCGUGCACGUUGUGUGCUAAAGAUAAGAAGAAUGUGGCUGCCAGUAAAUACUGCGUAGAAUGUGAUGAAAAUUUAUGUAAAACUUGUUUGGAUCACCAUAGUAGAUUUCCUGUAACAAAAGGUCACCAAAUUGUUGAAGUUCAAAGUUUGACUGGUAAGCGACUCGAGCUGCCUAGUCAAAGAUGUGAGAAGCAUGGUGGUAAAGUUAUAGAUGAAUACUGCCAGGGACAUGAUAAAGUCGGAUGUUCAACUUGUAUGAAUGUUGACCACAGUCGCUGUGAAGGAAUUAACUUCAUACCAAGUUUAGUGAAGAAAUUCGAAACAUCUCACGAGCUACAAAGGCUUGAGAACGCCAUUGAGUCGAUACAUACUAGCUCUCAAGGUUUAAAAAGCAGGAAACAGAAUGAUCUUAAAAGAAUACAACAAGAAAGAAGUCAAUUGCUUCAGGAAAUAAAAUCAGAACGGCAAAAAAUCAAUGACAAGUUAGAUAAGAUGGAAGAAGCACUUCUUCAAAAAGUGCGCAAUACAUUUGAUGUAAAGGAGAAAAAUGUUGUAUCAACUAUUCACGAAAUUGAUGGGACAAUCACGUCGCUGGAUGAAAAUCUGCAGAGGGUCAAGGCAGCUAGAUGUGAAAACGAUUCUGAGAAGUAUGUUCAGUUGAAAAUGGGACUUGAAAGAAAGAAACUGGACGAAAGUAAUUUGAAACUUCUCGAUAAAACGAAAACAGAGGAGACAAUGCGGCUUGAGCCUGCAAAUCAAAUAACUGAACAAAACAUCAUAGGGCGGGUUAUUAAACAUAAGGCAGUCGAAUCUGUAAAGCUACAUGGUACAUUUGAUAUACAUCUCGACGAUGAUAAGGAGAUAUGCUGCAUUCAUGACAUGUGCAUAUGUUCAGAUGGAACUAUGAUCAUGCUAGAUUACAACAAUAAACGCAUCAAAAAGGUGGACACAUCCUAUAAAGUUAUUUACGUCCUGAAUGUCGCCGAUACGCCCGCAUGCGUUUGUCAGGUCAACGAAUCCUUACUGGCUGUCACUCUAAUAAAUGAGAAGAAAGUUCAAUUCGUGACUCAGAAAAGUCCAAUGAAGCUAGAAACAUCAUUCAGUGUAGGUGACAGAUGUAGGGGUAUUGCGUUCAAGGACAGGUUACUUUAUGUGUCUUGUGGCGGGUCAAAAAAUAAAUCAUACAAAGAAGGUGUUGGUCAUCUGGAAGUCUACUCUAUAUCUGGAUCAAUUGUGACGUCAUUCUACGGAAAGAUCGAAUAUCCUUUAUUUAUAUCAGCACCGAGUUGGAGUCCAGAGUUGUUCAUCGGUGACCACAGAAGAGGGAUUGUAUCAUUAGACAGUAACAGAAACUUGAAAGAUAUUGUUUUAUACCAAGCACCUGACUUUCAAGAACCUCAAGGUAUUUGCUGGUUGGACAAAGACACGCUGUGUGUUGCCUUCUAUGUGUCACAUACAGUAGUUCAGAUGUCAAGAGACGGGCUGUUCAAGAAAACACUCCUCACAGAAAAAGAUGGAAUAAAGAAACCAUACAGUUUAUGCUUUGAUGAAAAAACAUCACGACUUGUAGUCUCCUUCAACAAAAGCAACACUAUUAAAGUUUUCACGUUGGACUUUGGUACAAAAUGAAAAUCUUAAAAGAAGGGCUAAAAUUCUGUUUGGAAAUUGAUAAUGGAUUAUGGGCGUUACUGUUCAGAUGACCUGUGUUUAUCAUAUGUUUCAGACGAAAAAAUCUUGUAUCACCCAUUGUAUAUUGAUAACUGUAAUACACUUUUGCCGAACAUUUUGUUGAUAGUAUAAUUUAAAUUUACUUUUGCUGUGCUUGUAUCAUUUAUAAAAGACUAGUUGACAAUUAUAUAUACAUGUAGUUGCUGUGCUUCAUAUUAUUCUAAACAGUUUAUGUUCAAAAACAUUAUCCAUAUAACAGUCAACAAUCAUUGUUGUAGUCAUAGCAGAAAUAUUAAAUAAAAUAAAUAACCGAC